AUGAAAAAUCGCCAGCUUGCUCUGCUGGCUCUGUCGCUCGCUGCGGCCGCCUCCGCUCUCGGAGGAAACACCCAAGUCAGCGCGAUGAUGAUGUUCCUGGGAAACCUUGAAAAGGUUUACAUCCUCGACAAGUCCGAGGCCAACCAGGCCACCUUCAACGGCGUCCCUGCCAUGGGCGCCGUCUACGACAUCGCCUCCCGCACCGCGUCCACCAUGGGCGUCAGCACAAACGUCUUCUGCGCGUCCGGCCUCCACCUCCCAAACGGCUCCUUCGUCACAUUCGGUGGCAACGCGGCCGUCGGCCCUGGUGGCGGCACAGGAGACCCCGCUUUCAACGCCACUUUCGGUGACUUCGACGGCAGGAAGGCCAUUCGCGUCCUCAACCCUUGCGGCUCCUCUGAUGACUUCAGCUCCCCCCAGUGCCAGUGGUUCGACAACUCCUCUCUCCUGUCCAUGCAGAGCAUGCGCUGGUACUCCACCGCGGAGGCUCGCGCCGACGGUUCCAUUGCCAUCAUCGGUGGCAUGACCGGCGGUGGUUACAUCAACCGAAACACUCCCAACACCGAUCCCGCCACCCAGGGGAUGCAGUUCAUGGUCAAGACCUCGGGGCUCAACGCCUACCCCCACACCUUCCUCAUGCCCUCCGGCAAGAUGUUCCUCCAGGCCAACUAUUCCACAAUGCUCUGGGACCCCGACACUAACACCGAGACUGACCUGCCCGACAUGCCCGGUCAGAUUGUCCGUGUCUACCCCGCCUCCGGUGCCACCGCCAUGCUUCCUCUCACCCCCGAGAACAACUGGACGCCCACCGUCAUAUUCUGCGUGGGGCAACUAUCCUGGCCCUGGGCCGACACCUGGACCAUCCCCUCGUCGAACAAGUGCCACACUAUCACCCCGGAGCCCACAGAUGGUUCUACUUCGGUGGACUACGUCGAGGUUGACGACAUGCUCGAGACGGGACGCACCAUGGGCCAGUUCAUCGCCCUCCCCGAUCUCACCAUGCUCGUCAUCAACGGCGGUGGGAACGGCACUGCCGGCUACUCGUCCCGCACUCUCAACACCCUCCAGCUGCCGUUCGGCGAGUCGCUCGCUUCCGCCCCCGUGGGCAAGCCCGCGAUCUACAACCCUCGUGCUCCCGCCGGCUCACAGUGGUCGAACGCUGGCUUCGACACCUCGUCAAUUGCCCGUCUCUACCACUCGUCUGCCAUCCUCCUUCCAGAUGCGUCGGUUUUGGUCGCCGGCUCAAACCCUAACGUGGAUGUCAACACGAACGUGGUUUUCCCGACCACGUAUACCGCCGAGGUCUUCUACCCUAGCUACUUUGCGGCCUCGAACCGGCCCACCUUCACCGGCGCUCCCUCGACGCUCACUUAUGGCGGCCAGUUCUUCGACCUCACCCUCCCUUCCUCCGCGUACACCGGCUCCGCGAACGACGCGGCGGAGAACACCACCGUUGUCCUCAUCCGCGGCGGCUGGACAACGCACGCGAUGAACAUGGGCCAGCGCUCCAUGCAGCUCAACAACACCUACACCGUGAACAGCGACGGCUCGAUCCAGCUCCACGUCUCCCAGCUCCCGCCCAACCCGAACCUCUUCCAGCCCGGUCCCGCCCUCCUCUUCGUCACCGUCUCCGACGCAGCCGACGCGGUCGCGGUCGCGCUCCCAUCGUCCGUCGGGAACGACAACGUGACCGGCAGCGGGUCCGGGAACAGCACGGGCAGCGGCGACAGCAACAACAACAACGGCAAGAGCGGCGCGUCCCACACGGGCGCCAUCGUCGGCGGAAUCAUCGCGGCGAUCGCCGCCGUCGGAGUACUCGGUGCGCUGUUCGGGGUGUGGCGGGCGCGGCAGCGGCGCGCGGCCGCGCGACAGGCGUCGUCCGCGCGGGGGUACCCGAUGGGCGGGACGACGUCUGUCCGCGCGGCCGCGGGCGGCGCGGGGGGUCGUGCGCUCAGGGGAUCUGACUCGAGCGCGUUCGCGCCGGUGCCACAGGGUAGCUUGAACGAGGGCGGGGCGUGGGCGGCGGGGGCGAGCGCGAGCGCGCUGAGCUUGGACGGGCGCCCGCCGUCGCCGUACUACGACGACGCGCGGUCGCACAGCGCGGAGUUCGACCCGUACCACCAGAACGCGCCGAGGGUGAGCAACGCGAGCGCGCGGCCGGGGAGGUUUUGA